UUUUUUGCUUCUAAUGUUUUCAAAACCGCCUAGUUGUUCAAAUAUUGAUCAUGUUCCUUUUUGAUACGAUCCUUUUCCGAGCUUUUUAGAAACUGUCGAUUGACGAUUUGGUACUGUAGAAAUUGGUAAGAUGGUAGCUGAGAGUAGGUUUCAAAGCUACUCUUAGAGAGAACAAUAUCACCGAUUUCAGAACUGGUGAAAAGGUCAAGCCACUGUUUCCCCUGUCUGGUGAGAAAAUAGUCAAAACUUUUGACAAGGCCUCAGCCAUUCAAGAUACAUUACAGAGCACAUGGAUCGAUAGCUCGUUUGGAGGGCAUUUAGUAUGUCCUCAGGCACUUUGAAUUCCGUAUUAGAGAAAUCAAAUUAAGUAAUAUAACAUUUUAUUUUGUGUUGCUACUGUGGAAAAGCAAUCUUGUAAUCAGCUUUUGUUCUGAUGGAGAAAAUGUUUCGAAUCAUUUAAAAUAUGUAGCCUACUUUUUGUAAUGUUUUUCACAAGAUGAAUUUCAAUGCAGAGAUCAAGAGGAGUGGAUCAAAGGAAGCUGGAAAAGAUUAUUUCGAAUACAAUAACUUUGAAUAAUAUAUCUGCUUGAGGUGUCUGUUAUUAGAAAAGACGACACAAUACAAUGUUGACACUCUAUUGAAAACGUUUCUGUUGUUGUUUUGGUUUCAAUCAUCAAUAAAUUUAAUACAGCAAAGAAAUCUAUUAAGCUUUCUUUUGUUACUACGAAACUGGAAACUAGGGCUUUCCUUGCACUGAUAAAAUGCUCUGGUGGUUUCAAACAGAUACAAUCUGGUUCUCCCUCGCUUAAGCAUUUAAACAGUUAGACAUAUUCGACAUUGCCUAUAGAAUAAUUUGCAGCAUGAAUUCAACAGUGCUCUUCCUGAACUUUGAUGCCUCGAAACACCAAACAGUACUUGCUACAAUUGCUGCGUUGCUAGGUGGUUCUCUUGGUUUUACACUGCUCCACGUUGGAUUAUGUCAGCCAAAGAACACCAGUUCCAUUUUGAUUCAUAAUCUUGUUUGCGCCAGUAUUGCAGUACUUUCCUCUUGGUCGGUUGGAUUUGCAUUCUCUUUUGGCACUUCAUCAAAUCCAUUUUUGUCAUACGAGAACUUCUUUUUGGUCGACCAAAAUACUGAUGUCCUUAUGACGUGGGCUUUUCACUGCUCCUCCACAGUUUUAUUUGUGACCAUUGUGAAUGGAGGGUUUGUCGAGCGCAUGAGGUUUCCAGUCUACAUUGCAACAACAAUUUUCCUCGCAGGCUUUGUUUAUCCCAUUGGCUGUCAUUGGUCAUGGCACCAGAAUGGAUGGCUGUACCAUGGAAUUGGUACUGCAAAGGGACAGCGGAUUCGCUUUAUCGACCGAGGUGGAUCAGCUGCAUUUCACCUCAGUGCAGGAUCAAUCGCACUGUUUGCAGGUAUUUUUCUAAAACCAAGGAAAGAAAGGAGAGGCGUCUUUAAGCUACAAUUUGUUGGUGGACAAACAAACAUUAACAUCUUUAUUGGAGGCUUAGCAGCCAUGAUAUCAAUCCUAGCAAAAAAUAUUGUGGUGAACAGCGAUGCACCAACGAUUGCAAUCAUCAACAGUGUAGUAGCAGGUUGCACGAGCUCUCUUGUUGCCAUCAUGUUUAAAAGAAGUAGAAUUGCUGGUGAAAACUGGAACACAAAGACGCUUUUAAAUGGAGCAUUUACAGGCUUGGUUGCAGUGUCUGCUAAGCCUCACAAACUGCACCCUUAUGCAGCAUUUGGCCUCGGAAUGGUGGCUGGCAUUGCAUACAUUGGCUGGUCAGUUGGCCUAAAACAUUUUGCUUUUGACGAUGUCGUCGAUACUGUCACUGUUCACUUAGGAGGCGGUGCUUGUGGUGUAUUUGCAGCAUCGUUAUUGGAUAGAACAGAAGGUUUGCUCUACAAUGGGUCGAAUGAAUCAUUCAAGAGCCUAGGAUGGAGUCUUGUGGCACUCCUAUCUUACAUAAUUUGGAAUGGCCUGUCAAUAUCCCUAAUUUUGCUACCUUUCCAUCAUUUAGGACGCCUAACCUACAACGGCGAAACUGUGCAAAGAGAUGGGAUAGAUAACGCCAUAUUCAAUGAGCCUGCAAACCCAAAGGUUGGAGGCAGAUCUGCCGUGCAGCUGCAAACCACGAUAACAGCCUACAGUAAUGACAAUGAAGUCAACCAUAAUGGCCUAAAUUCAAGUGACAAUAAUUUCAGUAAGUCAACAUGGAGCCCCACAACAAGUUUUUCUUAGCAGUAAAUAUAUUUUUCUGUAUUAUAAGGUUGUGGUUUUAUCCUAUGGGUUGUUGUUGAAAUGUAUGUUUAUACCGUCUGGCGGUCUUUCAUUCAGGUAAUUAGUUUAGAUUAGCGUAACAAAAAAGUAUUUUCAAUUCUAUCUAGUUGUGAGAUGAUAAAUUGUAAUAACUCAUCUGAACUGUGUCUGUCUGGGAAGUUUCUAUAAGAGAGAGAAGCCUGCUGACGGAGUAUUUUAAUUCUAUAGUUGCACAACUAGACCCGCUUGUCAAUUACGGCUGAAGCAGAAAAGACGAAAAUGAAAAACAUUAAAUGGCUGUAAUCCUUGACAUAAGGGCUGGAACAUAACUUCAAGAAGGAUGACUUUUCUUUAAUCUACAACUAAAUGUAUUAUAAUAAGUGAUUAUUUGAGGUUGAUUAAUUCUCUAUCUCCCUCUUUAAUGUGGAAACAUUCUAACAAUCAUGCUUCAAAAGAAAAUGAAAAACACAAUUUGGCUACAUUGAUUAAAGUCUUCAAGUUGGGAAUGUAGGCAAUCACUAUCGCCUUUAUACAAGCUUAUUUUCGGACACCUCUUGUUUUCAUUUAGCAAACAAAUACACCAUGGAAUCACAGAAUGUGAGAUUCCAACAGUGGGUGCGAGGCAAAAAAUGACCCCAUGCAGAAUACUUAACUCGAGCUUGAGGUGAGUUUCUUCACAAGAUGAUGUGGUCAAAGACUCUGUUAAAAUGCCUUGCCCUUUUAUUUUCAAUACGGUUGAUGAUUUUACAAAAAGGAAUCGUUUCAAUUUGAGCAGGGAAAAGGGGCAGGAGUUGAAGAAAAACACCUUUAACCUUUUCUAUGUAUCGAUGUUCAUAACACAUACCGUAGCAGCCCAAAGAGUGAGAGCGUCACCCCUUCCUUUCUUUAAAAGCAUGAUCUAUCUAGUUUUUCUAAAAAUUUACGAAAGUUUGUUAGACAGAGGAAGGUCUGAUUUUAUUUAAUAUUUCCCUCUGUUUAGAAAAUAGCAUGCUUAGAGAGGGAACACAGAAGUGUUAUCAUAUAGAGUUGUUCUUGAAAUAAAGAAGCUGGUACCGUCAAGGAAACGUCAGUCCUAUUGUACCUGUCUUAUCAUCAAAGCUACACAAACUAAAUCCUAUGGGUAGCAAUAAUAAUGAUAAUAAUAAUAAUAAUUCAUACUAAUUAUAAGUCAAUAUGCGUCUAGAUCAACCUUCUUCAAGUCGCAUGGUGCCAAAAAAUUCCUGGUAAC